CAGCGGGUAACGAUGGAAGAGGAAACAGGUGCCGAAAAUAACGUCGUCGUAAGUAAAGCGGAAAAGAUGAAAGGAAAUCGCGAGAGAAUUAGGUUGCUGCUUCCGGAAGAGACUCCGUUGGAUACAUCGAUCGGUCGAAGCGAAUUGAAAUUCCUUCGGAAAGGACUCCUUCAAAAGGAACGUUCGUUUCGAUUCCACGGGAUGCGUUUUCUCUCGAGCAUCGAGGAGGUCGGAAAUAGAUCGUCAAUUGCGAGAACGAGAGAGAUUUUUCCGUCCACGCGCGCGUAGUCGCCAUUUGAAAAGUUUCCUUUUCCAUCUGCUCGCGUUCGUUCGGGAUAUGUUUUAAUGUACCGCAAUAAGCGCUGUUAGUUGUAACGUUGAGUCUUUCUUAUCUUACAACUUGUUCGCGAUUAAGGUUAACGAUAUCAUAUUGUAUUUCUUUUCUCUGGCAAAAUACUUGGCGAAUCUCGAAUGCGCGGCAAUAAGUAAAUAUCGUCAUAAAUCAGAGAGAAAUUAAAUUGUCCUCCUCGAAUUUCUUUGCGGUAAGCAAAACUCGCGCAAAGAAAAUGCAAUGCGACGACGGAUAUCUCGGAGUUACGCUUUUCGUUUACAUUUAUUUAGAAAAGUCAGCAUUAAGAUCGUAUACGCGCUAUCGCGUAAUACUCGACACCUAAGGAAUCUUACGUACCGUGUGUUUUGCGAAUAACGCAAACAUUUGUCGCAACGCGUUUUACGGUUAAAGAACCGUAAUAGGUCGAGUAAUCCCGAAUCGUCCACUCGAGUGGAAACGACGCAGAGAUUUGGCUCGGGAACGAAACUCCGAUCGUAUCUGGAAAAGAGCGAGUCCCUGUAAACGAACUUCUCUGUCACGCUUCUGUAUCGCGCGUCAAGAGCAAAUGGUGUGUGGAUAAGCUCUCGUAACGGGUAUCUUCUCGUAAUAGUCGGAUAGCGUACGUAAUAGCGUGUAUGCGUACACGGACGCGCGCAUACGCGCGCAUCGAAAAAUCAAUCCGUUUACGUUUUAAUAUCGGCCUACCGGUCUUAUCGAUAAAAGAGACCGAUACACAAAGAUUAAAUUAAGCUUCGUCUUUCUCUUUGAUCGCCGAGGAGCCAACCUCGAGUGUCGGAUGAUGGUGUAGCAUUCCUCGAAUCGUCGCGUCUAAUUGUAAAGCGAAAACUUUCCACUCGACGACGCCUCGCAAAGACCCGACGCAAAUGCGCGAAAGUCGUGCGAAACUAGAGGAACGGCGAAGCGAAGCGUGCGUUGGCAUCGCGCCUUCGUACGUAUUCUUCUAUUUUAGCGCUCGAACGUGGAAAGAACGGGAAAAGGAAAAGCAUAGAUUCGUCGAAGAAAAGCAAGGACGUUGGCUCGAAAGAUUCCUAGGCGACGCGGCGCCGAAAAGAAAAGACGCCCGACGUCGCCCUUUCGCCCACGCUUCGCUCCAGAUUCGGAGCUGGCCGACACGCUCCGAACGACGGAAAUCGCUCGAAAGGCGAUCGAACACGAGUAUGGCAGACGUCCCGUCGCCGAGUCGCGAUCCAGACGCCUCUUUGCGCCGUGCGACUCGGAGAAAGGACGACCUUCGAGGGUGACCUUUUUAUCGUCGCCGCUUCCUUUCCCCCUUUUCCUCAUUUUCGCUCUCCUUUCGUUUUCGGAGACGGAGAAAAGAGCACCACCCCGAUCGACGACGGACGAAGGAGCGAGAACCCUGUCAUCUGCUAGGAACGUUCCUAUCUCUUGCGAGCGUAUCUCUUGGCGAGCUCCUGCGGAGCGGGGGGGGGAGAGGGAGAGAGACAAAGAGCGAGGGAGAAAGAAGGAGAGAGAGAAAGAUUCCUCGUCCUAAGAGGGGACCAGACGGUGCACGAGGCCCGCCGACGAACCCUCCUCGGUACAGUACGCCUCAAAAAUUUCUCUCCUCGUCCUAGCGAUCCUCUCGGAAACACGAUCUUCCCUCGAGAGGAAAUAUUCGUCCACCCGCCGGUGGAACGAAACCUUCUUUCGCUUUGCGAAGACCUUACACUCCGAUACCUUUCGUCGCGUCGUUCCUCUCCUCUUGUUCGCGGAACGCUCGAGCUUCGAGUCGUCCUUUUCAACGCGUUGUCUCUUUUCUCUCGAAAGCACGAGCUAGCUCGUGCCAUUCCGCGACUUACUUCCGUUUAUCCGAGAUCGCGAAAUUCGAGAUAAAGAACGUGCGAGAUAUCCCCGUGUCCGUCCAACGCGGAAAGAUCCGAGAGAGAGAGAGAGAGAGAGAGACGAGAGAAGUCUGAAAAUUCCAAGGUCGAAAAAAUCAGCGAUCGUUCGAGGCAGAGAGCAGAGGGUCUCCCUCCGUUUCAAUAGUCGCGUUCGCCGAACGUAAUCUGGUUUUUAGGCGCGGUUGAACGAAGCGUCUACGAGACGCCGGCGACCGACUGCUUCGAUGGAAAUUUCCAUUGCAGUUGGCACGUUGCGCGGUGUGACCGUACAGUCCACCAUAAAACUUUUGCCCGACCAUACCGCUCUUUUCUCGAUAAGACUCGUUGCGCGAACCAUCGAAGAAGCUUUAUCGAUGUAUCCGCGCGAAAAGCUGCCUCCUCUUAUCUUUCCUCGAAUCGCGAGAUACCGCGAUUCCAGCGGAUAACAUCAACUCGAUCGUCGAUCGUCGAUCGUCGUUACGUCGAAACCAGUUGUGCCAUUUACGUACAUUUUUUCUCCACGUGCCAUUACCGAGAAAGAGCUACGACGCAUCGCACGUUAUCGGUCGUACAACGACGGCAAUUUGCCGUUAUUGCCGAACGUCUCGCGAUUUCGAUUCGAAGCGACGGAAAUUCUUUGCCCUCUUUCCAGUGGAGGCAAAAAUGAAUAGCGCAGCCUGUGUGGAACAACGGCUCGAUAAUAUUCCGAUAAGAUGCGGGAAAAUCGUGUCGUCGCGAGAAGCAUCGUUCGGACGAUCGUGCGACGAGAAAAACGCGAUACGACAAAUGCGACGCGAUCGAAAGUUUUGCUGCGCCAACGCGAAUGUUUCUCUCUUUUUAUCUCUAUCCUGUCUCUCCGUGCGACGACUGAUCUCGAAAGAAUUAUUCGGACAAAGUACCAAGAUCCAGUUGCGCGAUCGUACGCGGUAUGGAUCGCGAGUAAUCGACGAUUAUCGACGAAACGACGAACGAGCGGAUGUAACUGUUGAAGUUCGCGGCUGUUUCUAUUGCCAGGGAUAUCCCGCCAGAGGGCAGUGCCCGUCCCGCGCCGCAGCCAGUAAACGUGGAGCGAAAUCGUUGGUCGCUCCCGACGCGUCCGGUUAUUCGCCGACGCAACGCGACUGAUCUCUCAUUGGCUCUCGUCGCUCGCCGCGUUCGUUUUCACGGUAACCACGAACGAACGAAUUAAUUCUCUAUGGAAACAGCUUUCCCUUCGGCCGAUACUCGAGGGUGCGCUCUCGAUCGAGUCAAAUUAUACUCGAUGACUCAAUCUCGUCGUCGAGUUAUUUCGAGUGCGAUCGGUUAGCGAACUUUGUUUGGAUUUUCCAGUCCCCUCGGAAAUAUUGAUUUUGUCAAAAUGGGAAAGAACGACCACGCGCGUGAGAUUGACUUUAACGAGAUUUCCAAAUAUAUUUCUGAUUUCGCGAGUUUCGUGUAAAGGUCGCGCGCGUCGAGCUUCGACUUGGUUGCGAAGCGAUGUGAUCGAUCAACGGUCAGAGUACAAAAAGUACAGCGAAGACGAAUCGGACGUAUUCGGACGGAUACGUUUUAUGGCUGAAAGAUCGAUCGAUGUCAAUGAGCGAAUUCGAAGGAAACGUUAACGAUCGUGAUGUUUGUCGUAGAUCAAAUAUCGUUUGGAAACGUGAUUUAUUUUAGUGCGAGGCGUAGCGACGUGGAGCACGUUGCUAAAGUGUGCUUUCGAUAUCGUUGAAGGAUUAUCGUUAACCGAUCACCGCUUCGAUAUUCAAGUUUAUAAAUAACGAAAUAAAGUAUAUGCACUUUCAUUCGUGAUACAGCUAAUACAACGAAUUGUAAGGUCUUUAGUGACAAAAUGUGUCGGUUUCACGUAUCGAUCGUCGCUGAGAGGUUUCUCGCUUCGCUAUUUCUACCUUUCUAGAAAUCACGUAUGGACGGUUUAAUGAUAACAUGUCAACAUUGAAAUUAAGUAUGCAGGAUAAGAAAGACUUGGAUAAAUUUACCAAAUUUCUGGCGUUAAAGGCUGCUCAAAUCAUAGUACAGUCCAGGUCAGGAGAGAAAGUAUGUACGAAGUGCAAACCAAAUUCAUCGGGUACGGAUUGGUUCAACUUGGCGAUUCAAGAUCUGCCAGACGUCUUAGCGGAGGCUAAGAGAGCGCUGUGUGGCGAGAUAGUAAAUUCCACGAUACCACUUUGUAUAGAGAUCUCCUUGAGAACCGUAGAAGGCGAUACGAUGGUUUUAGAAACGUGGAGUUUGGGCGUUUUACCGGAACACAGUGAUCCUACAGUAAGAGUAACGUAUACGGUUUACAACAGGAUGGGUAUUUUACUAAAGUCGUUGCUCUCGGUCUCGAGGAUUACUCCGGCUUACAAAUUAAGUCGUAGGCAAGGACCGGACUCUUACGUUAUCUGCUACAGAAUUUAUAUGGGGGAGCCUCAACUGCAUACUUUAGGAGACAACUACAAGCACGUAAGAGUAGGACAACUCUGCACCCCAGUCGGUACCAUUCAUUUGUCGGUGUCGUACAGGACCAAAAUGACCAUUUCUCCUACCCAUACGGGACGAGAUUCGAUCAUGCUCAAGAGCGAUCACUUUCAUUCGGAUCUAAGUCCACGUCAUGCCCGUUAUCAGCAAAGCGAAGAAAAUUCCAAAUCUUUGAGCGACACCAUAAAAGUAGGAGCGUUCGUCAUCAGUAAGCCCCCGAUGGUUAAUGAGGGAGAUUUGGUAAUACCGGACGUACCGUUCAGCUCUUUGCUGACUCCUCGACAAACGUCGCCGCCUCCAGGUUCUCUCGCCGAUACUAUAAAUACGAAAAACGUGACAGCAGGCGUUGCCACGGACAGUAACAACGGUAACAAUGAAAGACUGUCGAACGAUAACGCAACGUCAAAGUCUAAUUCUCAGAACGAGUCUAGAAGAAGUAGUUGUUCUAUGACCAGCGCCAAUGACGAUUUCAUUAUGGUAGAUUUGAAAACACCUUUCGCAAUUACCAAUACUAAUAGCGAUUUGGGAGCUUUUUAUCGAGAAUGUCAAAGCGCGCCUCAGCUUCAAGCAUUUAUGGAGGAGAGAACAUUGGCGGAACAAGUGGGAGAUCUUACUAAGCAAUUGGAAACGUUUGAAACGAAUAUGCAGCAUUACGAAGACAUUCUAUCGUCGCUUUGUCAAACGGAAAACAAUAAUUAACGGGGAAAUUUUUAAUGUAUUUCGAUGUGUAAGAAUAUCAUUUAUUACACUAUGCACCCAUAUUUAUUGAAAUCGUUCUCAUCGAGUAGUAUAUUGUAUCGUUGUUAGGAAUGAACAUCAAUCUGCCGGUGCUCGUGCAACGAUCGUUAUUCGACGAAAACGGCUAGUAAACGCUUCACAAACGUCGCGCUGCUUCUAUUAUUUCUCUAUCAGAUUAUAUAGAAUUGAUAGAAUUAAUCUUUUACGAUGAAAAUUUUGCCAAAAUUUUAUUUCGAAAAUCAUGAAUCGUAUGGGAUAAAACAUUUAAAGAUAUAUGCCGUUGUUAAAUGUUUUCUUGAUUCUUAUAUACAUUUAAGAAGAAACGUUGGAUAUAACUCCUUGUUGAUCGACGCAAGCGUGGUGCGUGCGUGCGUGCGUGCGUGCUGCGCCUAUAUUUAUAUACAUAUACAUCAUAUAUUAACCCUCUAUACGCCAUGUAAACUCGUACGCUUAUAUAUAUAUAUAUAUAUAUCUAACUAAAUAUUUUAAGUUUUAUUUCAUUUCAUUAUACUUUUUUUUGUUACAAAAUUUAUUGUUAUUUCACGUUCAAAGUUUUUAAUAUUUUUCAAGUACGCCGUCCCUCGAUUUAAACGGAGUAUUUCCUAUUUAUUAAAAUAGUACUUAAUUUUGCGAGAACGAUCUGGAAAUCAAAUUUUGAUUUUCAUCGAUCGAAAGACCAACUUUUCUCUCUACCGUACGAAAUAUCAUACGAUAUGUUAUAUCGCAAGCCAAACGAAAAAAAAACAAUGUGCUCGAUCGAACAAGAAUUUGCAGCUUAUCGAUGUACGAUAAAUUCAGUAAAUAAAAAAGACAUUUUCACGCACAAAAAAGAUACACGUGUUUUCUAAUCGCAUACGAAAAAUACCGCGUAAAUCGAAGGACGAGCGUAUGAAUUUUAUACUCGGUACGAUAUAAUUACGUUAGUAUAAGUAAAUUUUGUAUAAUUUUUUUGUAAACAGGAAAAAAGAUUUGGUUAUGGAGGGUUAGUCGACGUUGUCAUUGUGUGUACGAAAAUGUGAAUACUAUUAUUGUUUAUUAUCGAUAAUUGUUAAUUAGUCUAAUUGGAAAAUUUACAAUUAUUUAUUGUCUGUAUAUAGUGUAAAUUAUUCUUUAGUACGAUUAUAACUUUCAUUGAAUAAACAAAUUGCGUUAUCUUA